AUGGACGUCGUCGCCGCGGUCUCCGGAUACAUCUCCAAGAUGGUGUCCGCAGGCGACCAGUCGGCACCCGGUUCGUCAGCCGCCAAAAUGAAAAUAUUACUGCUUGAUAGUGAGACCGUACAAAUCGUGUCCAGCGCCACAACACAAUCCUCCCUCCUUAACCAUGAAGUCUACCUUAUCGACCGCCUUGAUAAUCAAUCACGAGAGAAGAUGAGACAUCUCAGAUGUCUAUGUUUUGUCAGGCCGUCUCCAGAUUCAAUACAGUAUCUUAUUGACGAGUUACGAGAACCGAAAUACGGCGAGUAUUAUAUAUACUUUAGCAACAUUGUUCGCAAGUCGUCUCUCGAGAGACUGGCCGAAGCAGACGACCAUGAAGUAGUAAAGGCGGUUCAGGAGUACUUCGCGGACUUUCUAGUGAUCAAUCCGGACCUUUGCUCUUUAAAUAUCGGCUUUCCGAAGCAGAGGAUAUGGAGCCAUACUCCAGAUCUGUGGAACUCGGAUACACUGCAAAGGACAACUGAAGGCGUGAUCGCGUUAUUGCUGUCGCUGAAACUAAAGCCCCUAAUCAGAUACGAAAAGAACAGUUUAAUCGCCAAAAAGCUUGCUACAGAAGUUCGGUAUCAACUCACACAGGAAGAGCAAUUAUUCAACUUCAGGAAGCCUGACACGCCUCCAAUUCUGCUUAUUUUAGACAGAAGAGACGAUCCUAUUACGCCACUAUUGAACCAAUGGACGUAUCAAGCCAUGGUCCAUGAGCUGCUGGGGAUUAAUAACGGUAGAGUUGACUUGAGCGAGGUACCGGACAUCCGUCCAGAGCUUAAAGAGAUCGUGGUCUCUCAGGAUCAAGACCCUUUUUUCAAGAAGAAUAUGUACUCCAAUUUUGGGGACCUUGGUGGGAGCAUCAAAGAAUAUGUUGAGCAAUACCAGGCGAAGACAAAGAAUAGCAUGAGUAUAGAGUCCAUCGCGGACAUGAAGCGCUUUGUCGAGGAUUACCCUGAAUUCCGAAAACUAUCUGGAAAUGUGAGCAAGCAUGUUACUCUUGUUGGAGAGCUGAGCAGAAAGGUUGGAGAGCACAAUUUGUUGGAUGUCAGCGAGUUAGAACAGAGUCUUGCAUGCAAUGAUAACCAUUCUAAUGAUCUCAAGGCCCUUCAGAAACUCAUACAAUCCCCUGCAGUUACGAUAGAGAACAAACUGCAAUUAGUCUCUCUGUAUGCCAUUCGAUACGAAAAACAGCCUUCAAACGCCCUUCCUGUCCUUAUUGACCUGCUCACCGCCGCCGGAGACGUUGCUCCUCAUCGGAUCAAUAUCAUCCCAAAACUUCUAGCAUACCAUCACUCCUUGCAAGCUCCUCCAGUAGCCGGGGGCUUCUCGGAUCUAUUCGAAUCUGCGUCUUUUUUAACCGGAGCUCGCGAUCGCUUCAAAGGCCUAAAAGGAGUGGAAAAUGUAUACACACAGCAUUCACCCCGGCUAGAAGCUACUCUACAAAAUCUCAUUAAAGGCCGGCUGAAAGAGUUGCAAUACCCUUUUCUCGAAGGUGGCGGGCACACGCGCGACAAGCCACAGGAUAUCGUUAUUUUCAUGAUUGGUGGGACUACUUAUGAGGAAGCGAAAAUGGUGGCUCAGGUAAAUGCGAGCACACCUGGUGUUCGCGUCGUCCUGGCAGGGACCUGUGUUCACAACAGCGCGACAUUCCUGGAAGAAGUCGAUGAUGCGGUAGGGAAUUGGCCGGAGCCGACUCCCGCCACGGCAGCUGGCAGAUUACGGAGGGAGGUAAAUCGAUAA